AUCAGUUUGGAGGGGCGUAGAAAGGAGGCCAUAUUGUACAGUUAAAUUGAAAGAACGAAAAUAAUUAUAUCAUCGUGUGGUCGUGCCUGUUUCGUUCCGAAUUUUCGCCGUGUACAUCCAGGACAGUGUCAGCCGUUAGUUCCGCGGAAAGCAACAGUGUACGGGGCCCGACACGAGGCUCCUGCAUUUUUGUAAAUAACUAUAGAACCGUAGCAGUGUAUCCCUGAUAGAUCUAGGCACCGUCCGUCAGUCUGUUAAAAGGGGUUUAUAACUUCAAACGAGAUGGGCACUCGAGAUGAUGAAUACGAUUAUUUAUUUAAAGUUGUUCUUAUCGGUGACUCUGGAGUAGGAAAAAGUAAUCUCUUAUCAAGAUUUACAAGAAAUGAAUUUAACUUGGAAUCGAAAUCAACUAUAGGAGUUGAAUUUGCAACGCGAAGUAUACAAGUAGAUGGAAAAACUAUCAAAGCCCAGAUUUGGGAUACAGCUGGACAGGAACGUUAUCGUGCUAUUACGUCUGCAUAUUAUCGUGGUGCAGUUGGAGCUCUGUUGGUAUAUGAUAUUGCAAAGCAUCUGACAUACGAAAAUGUGGAAAGAUGGUUGAGAGAGCUGCGGGAUCAUGCUGAUCAAAACAUUGUAAUAAUGUUGGUUGGAAACAAAUCUGAUUUGAGGCAUCUACGUGCAGUUCCCACUGAUGAAGCGAAAGGAUUUGCAGAAAGAAAUGGCCUGUCUUUUAUUGAAACUUCUGCUUUAGAUUCCACUAAUGUAGAAACUGCGUUUCAAAAUAUAUUAACAGAAAUCUACAGAAUCGUAUCGCAGAAACAGAUACGCGAUCCACCAGAAGGUGAUACAAUCCGGCCACAAAACGUAGAACCUAUCGACGUGAAGCCAACAAUGAAUUCAGAGGGAAUGCGUAAACAGUGCUGCCAGUGACUCACCUUGCUGCUUAAAAUAAGGACAUACAAAGAGGCAAAGGAGAAAAGAAAAGUGGUCGACGGUAAACGUAACAGGUGCAUACAGUACAAGUGUCAAGACUAUUUACGACUAUAAGUAUAUACACGACUAAAGUCUCCCAAAUAAUCCGUGGUGUCAAGACCGGUUAGAGCUCUCCUUUUUCUGUCGCUUGGAAGCGGAUUUCUAGAUAAGUGGGCUGCUGCAAGCCGUACUUAAAGACUUAUUUUUUCACAUCCUUCGUUCUUGGUCGCUUAGCUUCGAUGAAAACUACCCGAACCUACGUAUUUUCUCUUCACGAGACAAGUGGACCUGUUCAUUACUUUCUAAGCGGCCCACUCCUCUUUUUGCAUAAGCGAACACGAGAGAAAUUCACCACGAAUUCCCUCGGAUUAUUUCGGAGAGUUUAACAUGGUAAAUGUCGACGCUAGAAAAUCAUGACGAAGAGAACAGGAUACCUAGCGACAUGUGUGCACAGCCAAGCGAAUUACGAUCAUGCAACCUAAGGACGUUAUUGGGAAUAAAUUCCUGCAAGGAAGAAAAUACACACGCACUUAUCCUGUCCCCGAAGUUCAUGCGACCUCUCCCUUAUUCUCUCCUUCCCCCAAAAACCUCUUUAUCCUCUCUUCCUUCCACUCCCUAUCUUUAUCUCUGAUACGUUACGAUAAAAUCAGUGUCGUAUUACUGCUUCUUUGUAAUACAUGUGCAAUUCUACUCAACGCGUAGUAAGCGAUGAAAUUCUUGGCCAAACUUGAACAGUGUUUCUACCUCUUGUGAGGAUGAAAAAGCUUAAAGCAAGGUCUGCGAAGACUAACAAAAAGAUUCUUCGAUGCACGACAACUGUCGUUUAUCUUACGAAUAAAAAUUGUGGUUUUUAAUGUUAAUACUCCACUGUGCGAUAGAUAAUGUAUUACCCAAGAGAACAAAUCACUUUAAACGGAGUCAUUCGAAGACUUAAAUAGGUCUUCUCAUCCUUGCAUUUGGCCAUAUGUUUCAGGAACAGUCUAUAGCAUAACACAUGAACUUUUACGGUUUAAGUAUAAAAGUGCACAGCAAUAGUGGAAACCAAAAGAAUGAUAUAGAAAAAAGCUUACUAUUGAAUGUACAAGUUUAAAGAAAGCAUCAACAAACUGGCUGAACUGGGAUACACACUUUAUUAUUGCUCACUCUCUGCUUUGAAAUUCACAUCUAGUUAGGCGCUGAAUUUGAAGUGCGACAAGACGCUUGCCCACUAAGCGCUUUCGGGAAAGGUACCUUUUAUUUCUCUUCUUUAAAUGAACAAAAAUGAGACGAAAGGAAAGGUCGUGUCGCGAUAACACAGAUCCUGAAUACCGUGCGUGAAGUGAUAUGAAAGUACGCGUGAACAAUUUGCGAAAUUACUAUUGUCGUAGAUACUUUUCUAGUGUCUAAUAAGUAUUGCUUCGAUGUGUGUAGCUGCAAUGUAAUCUGUUAUCGUUACGAAUCCUCGUUGUAUCUUGAUAAAUAAAUAGAGAGUGAGUCAAAUGUUGAAAUAUUGAGAUGUUUGAGAAGUUUCAGUUAAAAGGCAAAAAAGUAAAUAAAAUUUUUCUAGGCCAACUCAGAGGGAACAUAACAAUAUGAAGUCUUGAAAAUAAACCAUGAAGUGGAUACUACCUACCACCAUAAAACGUUAUCUGUAAUUAUAGCAUCAUGAUCGGUAAUUAUGCUUGUUAUUUCCGUUAGCUUUUUCUACGUAAUUUUAAUGAUGGAAAUAGCGUUCCGAAAAUGGUAUUUUGUUUAAGAAAAACCAAAAGUUUACUUUAUAGUAAAACGGUCAAUUAAAAAGUGAACAUAUUGAAGCGAUCUAUAAUGUCUUUUGGAUUUAAACAAUAAAUAGGCUUGCAUUUCUUGUGUUCCCUUGUUGGGAAGGUCAGUUUAAAAAAUGUAAAUUUUUUCUGAAGCAUACGAUAGUUCAAGAUAAAUUGUACUUUUUUAUCGUGUGUGCGAUAAAAUAAUAUCAAGAUAAAGAUGAUAUAUCUUCAUCCAGAUAUAAUAUCCUUUUAGUUUCCCACCACAUUUUGUAUAUCCUUAGGUUACGAGACACAAUCCUUGAAACAUGAAAUUUUGUUGCGCCAAGCAGGAACAAAUUUAUACGAAAUGGAAUUUAGAAGAUAAAUUACACAUCAUUUUAAGAUUAGUUUAUCCUCUCCGUUGAUUCGAUAUAAACAAAGAAGGGGAUUCACGCCAAGCUCGCGUCAAAACGCGGCCGUUUCAUUAAUCAAUGCUUUGUACUUUAUAAUUUUAUUAAUAAAAUAAUUUUUGCUUUACACA